GUAUUAAUACUGAAUUUAUUGCUUUGAAUCCCAUAGGCAAAUUACUACGUACACGACGGCAGUGUACAGGCAUACUAAUAAUAAUUAUGUUCGCAGUUCGUGUACAGUAUUACGCUUUCUUGUAUGCAUUGUGACGGUUUGGCAGUUAGUUUUUGGGAAACGGGAUUAAUUAUUCUGUUAGUAUAUUAGUACAUUAUGACUGAUAAGUCCAUUAUUCGCGCAAACUAGCAGUUAUAAAUUGUGCGUUCUGGCUGGAAAUGUAUAAUGACCGUCAUUAGGAGUGUUGUUUUUCUUAGCGCUUGCGCCAUCUUUGGAAGCAUUAUGUACAUGUCCGAUGCCGAUCCGGGAAUAACAUCUCGCCCAUUUUUUCGGCAGUUUUGGCACCAUGCCAUCUCCUAUUCCAUUUCUUCCGGGCUUAAUGAAACGGCAAGGAACAAGAUCGUCCUAGCAUUAAACAUCGUGUCACUCUACACCGAGAACUGCAUCAAAUUCAAACAACUAGCGCGGAAAACCAGCACAAAGCAUAUCCAUUUCGAACACCAUCCAAAACCGCAUGAAUGCCAUGCGCACAGCCAGCAUUCCAUAAAACUGGGCGCCGAGUGCCUGCAUCUGGACAUCCUCGUCCACGAGAUCAUGCACGCUCUGGGAUUUUCUCACGAGCACCAGCGUCCCGAUCGCAACGGUCAUGUCCACAUACACGAAGUCAACCUGAAGACCGACGAAUCCGUCCAACGACAGUUUCGCGUUCUCCCGCACAUGGAAACCUACAGCCUCGGCUACGACGUCAACUCCGUAAUGCACUAUGACGAAUUCGAGCCGCAUUUCGCUGUCAACAAGUCGCAAGCGGUGAUAACAUUCAAGCAGGAACGCCAGCCACUGUUCCACAUUUUCAGCCAGCUCGAUGUGGCGAAAUUACGAGCAGCAUACCAGUGCCACGUUAAGAACACUAAAGAUACUGAUGAGAGCAUUCCAUCGUCCGCGACAACCCCCGCGGCGACAACAUCAGUUCCAGUAGACGACACUGUACCGCCGUGGCAGAAUCCCGAACACUGUAGCCAGUCCACCACAUUCCAGCAACAUCUUUACGCUCACGCUUCCAUCUUGCAUUGCACCUGGGAAGUGACGCAUGCCGAUCUGCAGAUCCUCAUCGACCGCUUCGAGCGUCUACACUAUCCUGUCGGUAUCUUCCUCUACGACAGCAAAAAAUACCUCAAGCCGCAGAUAUUCCAACCUAUAUCCAGGCAGGUUGUCAUUCUCAACCUGCAGUAUUGUGUGCGGCGAUCAACGAGCGAGACACCGUACAUUCUGGGUUUCCGCAAACUACAGCGAUUCCAGCUGUCGCACUGCCUGGAUUUGGAUAUACGCAAGCAGCAUUUCGACACACUAGCCGAGUUGCGCAUGAUGACGCUGCACAACUGCACGGUUCUCCAUCUGGACCGGGACACGUUUAGUAAUCUGCCGCAGCUCCACAGCCUAUCGCUGGAUUAUGCAAGUCCCGGCAUUACCAAAAGGUCACCAGCCUUUCGAGCCUUUUUAUAUCGUCUGCAUUGUGGUAAAAAAUUUGCCUGGUUUCGUUGUUGGUUGGAGGCGUUUCCCCAGUAUUUCCAGUCGAGAAUGGAAAAGGAAAUUUACCAUACGGAGAAAUCAUUUACGAACGCUGCGGUGGACGUGGACACACUGCGGGUGCUGUACGACUGUGAGACCAACGAGACCGUUGCGUUGUCGACUGGUGGACAGCAUGAAAUGUAUUCGCUAUUUAGCGAGAAUCCCUGCAGCCGAGACUGACCAGUAGCGAAACAUCAUUGAGUUGCAUUCUGAGAUUUGAUACUGCUGAUGUUCUUGGCAGAUAACAACACAAUCCAGUCAGCUGGUCGACAUUAAAUUAACGGCGUUUUCCGAUGGGUACUUCUGUGAUUAUGAUGGCACCCCGUUGACUCCUGAGUUCACUACUUAGGCUAACGCCAAAGAAAUUUAUAUAUAUUUGUUUUUACGAUGGUUGGUAUGCUACUCUGGUACGUACUAUGGGUUGAGUAAU